UUUUUUCAUCCAACUUUGUGCACAGCAAAAUGGCAAGUGUUGAGAAAUUUCCUUUUCAUGUGCCAGGUUUAGAAGAGCUUGUUGGGGUUUUACAGAAUGGACUUAAAAAUAAUUUUGCUGAUGUCCAGGUCUCUGUAGUUGAUUGCCCUGAUCUGACUAAGGAACCAUAUACAUUUCCUGUUAAAGGAAUCUGUGGGAAACCUAGAAUUGCAGAUGUCGGUGGAGUUCCUUACCUCUUGCCUCUUGUAAACCAAAAAAAGGUUUAUGAUAUGAAUACUGUUGCAAAAGAAUUGAGCUCCCCUGGGGCUUUCAUUCUUGGAGCAGGAGCAGCCCCAUUUCAGACACUUGGGAUCAAUGCUGAGUUUAUGCACUUUGUCCAGACUAAAAGUGAUCACAAGCCUGCUGUGAAUGGAAGCUAUUUUGCCCAGAUUAACCCUGCAGAUGGAGGGUGCCUGCUAGAGAAAUAUAGUGAGAAAUACAAUGACUUUGAAUUUGCAUUACUGGCUAAUCUCUUUGCCCAGUGAAGGGGCAAGCCUGGCAAGGUCAUUGAAGUAAAAGCCAAAAGAAGAACUGGAAAGAAUAAUUUUGUGAAUUGUAUGAGAAAAACUCUUGAAAAACAUUAUGGAGAAAAACCCAUAGGGAUGGGAGGCACAUUUGUUGUUCAGAAAGGAAAAAUAAAGGUUCAUGUCAUGCCCCCAGAAUUUUCAUCUUGCCCACUGACCACUGAUGAUGAAGUGAAUAACUGGCUGCACUUUUUUGAAGUCAAGGCUCCUAUGGUGUGUCAGUCAGUUUUCAUUUCUCAUGACCCAGGGUUUGAUUUGCGAGUAGAACAUACUCAUUGUUUUAGUCAUCGAGAAGGAGGACACUAUCACUAUGACACCACUCCAGAUACAGUAGAGUCUGGGUAUUUCCUACCUGCAGAGGUUCUCUAUCGAAUUGAUAAGCCAAAGGAAAACCCACAAAAUUGGCGAGAUUAAUUCAAUCAGGAAAGAUUUUGCUGGGGGAGGGGAGUUAAUUAUGCUUUAAAAUUUUUAAAUUUUAAUCAAGUUUAUAAAUAUGGGUUGCUCUAAAGUGCAACCCAACAAAAACUGAACCAAGAACAACUUCUUUCUCCUAUGUAAUGAAAGGAUAGGUUGAUCUCUUAUACUUUACCAUUUGACUUCUACUAAAUACUCUUCUAUCUUAGUAAAAUUAAAGGGAGUAAAGAUUUGUUGUUGGGAAAUUGUUCAUUUUUAUUGAUGCUACUGUAAUUAAUAUAGUCAUACUCAUAUACUUAGAAUUUGUACACAGAAUUUGUCUACGUCAGGAAUCUUGUAACUUUCUGUUGUCUAAGAAUGAUUUGGAAUAUUAUGUAUCUCAAAAAUGCUUUCACAUCUGUUAUCGCAUUUAAUUCUGUUUAUUAAGUUAAAUGCUUAUAGGUGGGGCAGAUAGAUGGCACAGUGGAUAGAGCACUGGCCCUGGAGUCAGGAGGACCUGAGUUCAAAUCCGGCCUCAGACACUCAACACUUACUAGCUGUGUGCCCCUGGGCAAGUCACUUAACCCCAAUUGCCUCACUAAAAAUAAAUAAAUAAAAUAAAAUAAAAAUGUUUAUAGGUAUUAGAAAUCAAGUGCUGGUGCAGUAAAUAUUUGUUGAAUUGCAUUGAGGAUUCAGUUCUAAUAGAAUAUAAAGGCAACACAAUUUUUUCUUUACUUCCAGGGAGAGGCUUAAUUGGUCUUCUUAAACUAUUUUCUAUUCAAAGUUCAUAACCAGCAGCUCCUAUGUUUACUGCGAAUUUAGGUAUGUUUUUUUUUUUCAUAUAGAAAGCAAUUUGCACCCUGUGAGCAUGUUUGCAAAAAGAAGGAAAGAAAACACAAACAGAACAUUGAAAUGUUAAUGGUUUAUUUUACAAAUGUAAAUAUUCCCAAACUAAAUUUCUGGGCUUCACAAAUCAUUUUAAUUUAAUUCAACAAGCAUUUCUUAAGGUUCUCCUUUAUGUCAGGCUCUGAGCUAGGCCUUGAGAAUACAAAGACAUAAGCAAUCUCUGCCCUCUAGAAAUUUGUUAUUCUGUAGGACAGAACACAAUCAUUGGUCUUUAAUGGCUGCAGUUGUAAUUUGCUGCAUUUAUUCCAAAAUCCAAGAUUAACCAAAGAAUUACUUUGUCUAAUUUAACAAAUUAUUAUGUAAUAUCCAGCUACAAGCUCUAGCAUGAUAAUUGGUAUGUGGUAGAUAAUUCAAAAUACUUUGUGAUUGGUUUGUCCAUUUUUAUAAUCCUUAAAAUGUUUAAUGAUUACAAAUUUUUGAACAGGAUCUUUGGUUAUAUUCUAUAUUUUAGAUUUAAUGUUUACAAAUUUAGUUAUAUUUCUAUAUUUCAAACAAAAUGAAUAAAAUAUUUUAAAUCAGUAAUGUA